GUUUUCAGCAAAUGCCAAAGAAGUUUCAAGGUGAGAAUACGAAGGCUGCAGCUUCGAAAGCUAGGAAAGCUGAUGCAAAAGCAGCGGAAAAAGAACGACAAGAUAGAGAAAGGGAGGAUGCUUUGUGGGCGGAUGAUAAUAAACACGUUCAGCGGAAAAUGCAGAGAAAGAAUGAUCAAGAACAAAAGCGUCAACAACAAUUGGAUAGAAAAGUAGAAAAUCAAAAGGCCUAUGAACAAGAAAUGACAAAGUUGGCAGAAGUUUCGAAGUCUAACACAGCUAAAUUCUCUACACCUGCCAAAAUAACCCAAGCACAAAUUGAAAGGGAAAAGGAGCGAGAGGAAUUGGAAAGAAAGGAAAUGGAACAAAAACGUUUAUUAGAACAACAAAAAAUUGUUUCUGAACAGCCAGAAUUAGUAGAGAACGUUAAUCGACUUCAAAUUGAGGGGGAUUCUGCAACAAAUGUCGACGAAGCAAUCCGAGUCUUAAGGGGAUCGGUUGAUGGUGCUUCAUCUUCGAUUUCUCAGGAUCAACAUCCAGAAAAACGUCUAAAAGCUGCUUAUGCUACUUUUGAAGAGAAUCGCCUUCCAAGACUUAAAGAAGAACAUCCAACUCUCCGUUUAUCCCAGCUUAAGCAAUUACUAAAGAAAGAAUGGCAAAAAUCAGCAGACAACCCUUUGAAUCAAAAAAUUAUGAAUAUAAUUAAAUGA